ACGAGGGACCCUCAGGGAGCGGGAGAAUGAACCACCAGCAGCAGGCGGUGAAAAUGUCCGCUUCGCCGCCGCCGCCCGAAUCCGGAGGAGGGAUCUCGGGGCGCCAGAGGAAGCUGGAGUCCAUGAUUCGGGACCCCAGGUCUCCAGUCAAUGUGGAAAGUUUGUUGGAUAGUUUGAAUUCCUUAGUUCUUGAUUUGGAUUACCCAGCACUGAGGAAGAACAAGAACAUAGACAACUUCUUAAACAGAUAUGAGAAAGUUGUGGAAAAUAUCCGUGGUCUUCAAAUGAAAGCAGAAGAUUAUGAUGUUGUUAAAGUGAUUGGAAGAGGUGCAUUUGGUGAAGUACAGCUGGUUCGCCAUAAAGUAACUCAGAAGGCUUAUGCAAUGAAACUUCUUAGUAAAUUUGAAAUGCUAAAAAGAUCAGAUUCAGCCUUUUUCUGGGAGGAGAGAGAUAUAAUGGCCUUUGCCAACAGUCCAUGGGUAGUUCAGCUUUUUAGUGCCUUUCAAGAUGACCGAUACCUUUACAUGGUCAUGGAAUACAUGCCAGGUGGAGAUCUUGUCAACCUCAUGAGCAAUUACGAUGUGCCUGAGAAGUGGGCCAAAUUUUACACUGCUGAAGUCGUCCUUGCUCUUGAUGCAAUUCAUUCCAUGGGCUUGAUACAUCGAGACGUGAAACCUGACAACAUGCUUUUGGAUAAAUAUGGACACCUGAAACUUGCAGAUUUUGGUACUUGUAUGAAAAUGGAUGAAACAGGGAUGGUGCGCUGUGAUACAGCUGUCGGAACGCCAGACUACAUAUCACCUGAAGUAUUAAAAUCACAAGGUGGUGAUGGUUAUUAUGGAAGAGAAUGUGACUGGUGGUCUGUAGGAGUUUUUCUCUAUGAAAUGCUAGUUGGAGAUACUCCAUUUUAUGCUGAUUCAUUGGUGGGGACAUACAGUAAAAUAAUGGAUCACAAGAAUUCAUUACAUUUCCCAGAAGAUGUUGAAAUCUCAAAGCAUGCAAAGGACCUUAUUUGUGCCUUUUUAACAGACAGGGAGGUACGUCUUGGAAGGAGUGGAGUAGAGGAAAUUAAAUCUCAUCAGUUCUUUAAGCAUGACCAGUGGGAUUGGGAUAAUAUUCGAGACAUUAAAAAACAGUAUAUAAUUGUGAGCAGCAAGAAAAUACUAUUCUAUCACAAUGAACAAGAUAAAGAGCAAUCAAAUCCUUACAUGGUGUUAGACAUAGACAAAUUGUUCCAUGUUCGGCCUGUGACACAAACAGAUGUAUACAGAGCAGAUUCCAAAGAUAUUCCUAGGAUAUUCCAGAUCCUGUAUGAUAAUGAAGGAGAAAGCAAAAAGGAGCAAGAAUUUCCUGUGGAUUCCACAGGGGAGAAGUCAAACUAUAUUUGCCACAAAGGCCAUGAGUUUAUACCCACUCUGUAUCACUUUCCAACCAACUGUGAGGCUUGUAUGAAGCCAUUAUGGCACAUGUUCAAACCUCCUCCUGCUUUGGAAUGCCGCCGCUGCCACAUUAAAUGUCAUAAGGAUCACAUGGAUAAAAAGGAAGAGAUUAUUGCACCUUGCAAAGUAAAUUAUGAUAUUUCAACUGCAAAGAAUCUACUACUGUUAGCCAGUUCCACAGUGGAACAGAAGAAAUGGGUUAGCCGCCUAGGGAAAAAGAUUCCCAAAAAGGCUCCAGCACCAGAUCCGUUUGCACGAUCAUCACCAAGAACUUCCAUGAAAAUACAGCCAAACCAAUCAUUAAGACGGCCAAUUAAACCUAUCCAAGUCUCCCCCCCGAGCGAAAAGAAAGACUUUCCUACCAGAUUAAUUGAUGUGGCUUGUAGAGACUGGGAUUGGUCAUUUGAUGAUAUUGAUUUUGAUUUUGAUUUUAAUAUUGAUGAUGCUGGGAACGAUAACGAUCUUGAUGAUAGCGAUGAUGAUGAUGAUAACGAUGUGUUUGUUCUGAAGAGCUAACUGCCUCCUAUGAAUACAAUCACUAUUGGAGUUGAUAAGACUGAACCAUCAUAUUCCUGGGGUUACGAAUAUAUAUAUAGGUGUUUCUGAAAGACAGUUCAAGUAUAAAUAGAUAAGAAGUUUACAGAGGCGUGUGUUUUUUUGCUGCAAUACAACAUACUAAUAAUUCCUGUGUUGUUUUUUUAAUGUAAUCCCUCUGGAUGACUGAGCAAGUUAGGAAUGGUUGGUAAAUAGUACAAGGAUACUCUCAAAUUCUGUUCUACAAAUUCUCUCUGGGAAAGACUCGCACUACAUGUCACAAGAGGAAUAAAAGGAGUGGGGAAACGUGAUGAACCCAUCUCUUGGUCGGUUUUUUUUAUAGAGAAAUGCAACCAGCAAUUUUGCCAGAAGAAAGGGCAGUAAGGAGGGUCUGACACACUGAUGAAGACUGCAUCUUAAAGAAGUGACCAUUAUACUGUGUGUGUAUGUGUUUUGGUGUGUAAAUAUGUAUAUUGUACUGUAAUGCUGCAAGAGGGUUAAAAAAACUUUCCACUUUAUUUUUUAUACAUAUUAUUCAUAUACCAUUACCUGCAGUUGCAACUAUGCACGUGUAUAAAGCCAUACUGUUGAAUUUUGCCAUUCAUUAUCUGUAUAUCAAAGGCUGCAUGUCUGUGUUCAGCAGCUACAUAUAAUAACUUCCAAGUAUAUAUCCAGUUAGUACUUAAUGGGCAGUCCUCUUUUACCAGUCUUGAAUGCCUUAAAUUAAUGUCAUUUCCUUAAAGUCUGUGCCCAUUCUAGAUAUUUAAGAGAGAUAAAGGAUGCAGAGGUUUGCCAGCUCUUAGGAUGCAAUUUUGCUUUGUGGCAGAACAAUAUAGUGCACUAUGUUUACAAUAUAAUAGUUUAUAUCAUUGUCAGUCUAUUCUGAAUGUAUAUCUAAAUGGGGAGGGGAGGGAGGGGUCAGUUGAGUACUGAUUUCAAAAACAAUGAACUGGUAGUAUUAGAACUAAUAUAUAGCUUUCAUGCUUAGGCAUAACUUCCCAUCCACCCUUUGUACAAACCUCAGUAUUAGUCAUUGAUUUUAUAUUACCCUUACUAAGUGCUGCAAAACAUCGUUCUGCCUUUCUUUUUUGCAUACUAUUUUUACAUUUUCACCACACAAUAUCUAAGGACUGUCACCAAUCCUUAACUGAAACAUACUGUAGAUGUAUUUUAAACUUUUUGAAUCCUGUUCUCUCAGCACAUAGCAUUUGGAAUAGGAAGAUAAUUUCAGUUGUGUGUUUUUGAGAACAUAUGUGAGGAAAGGGCCUUAGAGGCACUUAAUCAGAUUUUUUUAAAUAAAAAAUUUGAUUUUGUACAAAAUAUAAUUUAUGUGAGAUUUUUAAUGCCGUGUCCAUAAUUUAUCCAGAAAAAUGCAUGUUUUAUACAACUACAGUAUGCUAUAAUGUUAAAACAUGGCAGUAAAAAAGGAAAAGAAAAAAGAACUAUUGUAGCCUCCUCCUUGGUCUCUCUCUCUCUCUUUUCAUAUGUUUACAUAUAUAUGCAUAUAUAUGUUGUGUGCUAGUGCUAAUGAAAUACAGAAUUAACAUUUGAAUGAAGGAAAUGAGACAUUUCACUAGGUUGUUUUCCUUAGUAGGUAUUUGAAAGGAGAGAACCAAGAUGUAUUUAACAUCUCAACCCAAAAAAAUUGGUACAAUUCACCAAACAGGACCCCACUCCCCUGUAGUUUUCAGUUGCUUCAGGAGGUCUUGUGCAGUAGAAUGCAGCAAGUUUGAGCUCACUACAAACUGGGAUCUUCUGUCAUUCAAACCCCCUUGAAAUGAGUAAGAAUUUGUUUCACUGAGUCACGCAUGGAAAGAAGAUGCAGUGGUCUGGGCCUUUAAGUACAUCUUUCCACUAAACCACUGUGACUCACCAAUCAUAUAUUCAGUUAUACUGUUUAUACACACACUAGGUAUGAGAAGCUGUGCAUCCCAUAAUUUAAAAUAUACCUUUAUCAUUUCAGUUAUCUUUAAGCCCCAAUGGCACAGCAAGAGUUUAUCAUUUUGCCUGCUUGUUUUGAAUAGUGAGAGUACAGCAUAUUUUUAAAAAUGCAUAUUUUGCAUACAAAUCUUAUUUUUAAACAUGUAUACAAUAAAAAAUGUUUCCAUUCACUGAAGGCAUACAUAUUUUAUAUAAAAUUGUUAUUUGUGGGAAGUUCUGAAUUGGAAGAAAUAUAUAUAUAUAUUUUUAAAUAAACUAUUUGAGUAAGACUAAAUAA